UGACGGGGAAACGUUUCACCUGCUGGUUCAUAACCACAGUGAAAUUUCAUUGUUAUGCAUUUGAGAAGGAGGACGCAGCCCAUCAUGUUGGCCGCGUUCGUCUUAGCCAUUGCUUUGGUUUCUCAAACGGUGGCUCGGUACACUCCGGACUGGGGGAGUUUGGACGCCAGACCGCUGCCUUCAUGGUACGACGAGGCAAAAGUCGGGAUUUUUGUCCACUGGGGUGUGUUUUCCGUCCCCGCGUUUGACAGUGAGUGGUUCUGGUGGUACUGGCGGGGCGAGCAUGAUCCAAAGUGUCUCGCCUUUAUGUUAAAGAACUACCCGCCCGGGUUCAGCUACCCGGAGUUUGCUCCCCAGUUUCACGCUGAGUUCUUCAACCCGGGGGAUUGGGCAGAUAUAUUCAAGGCUUCUGGUGCCAAAUAUGUCGUCCUGACUUCCAAACACCACGAAGGAUUCACUAACUGGCCGUCUCCAUACUCCUGGAACUGGAACUCAGUUGAUAAUGGUCCUCACAGGGACCUAGUGGGAGACCUGGGAGAAGCUGUGCGCAACAGAUCUUUAGUUUAUGGACUCUACCACUCCUUGUAUGAGUGGUUCCACCCACUCUACCUGUCUGACAAGAAGAAUGGAUACAAAACACAGCAGUAUGUGAUGCAUAAGGUGCUACCAGAGCUUUAUAACAUGGUUGUCAGGUAUAGACCUGAGUUGAUCUGGUCUGACGGGGACUGGGAAGCACCUGACACCUACUGGAACUCUACCGCUUUCCUGGCCUGGCUCUACAAUGACAGCCCUGUCAAAGAUACCAUUGUUACCAAUGACAGAUGGGGCGAUGGCUGUUACUGUAAACAUGGUGGCUACUAUAACUGUAAAGACAGAUACAGUCCAGGCGAGCUGCCUAAGCACAAGUGGGAGAAGUGCCAGAGUUUGGACAAGCAUUCCUGGGGUUACAGACGAGACAUGAAGAUCAGUGAAGUAAUGGAUUUACCCUCUGUCAUAGAGGAUCUGGUUUAUACUGUGGCUCUAGGAGGUAACUACCUUCUGAAUGUGGGUCCCACAGCCGAUGGGAUGAUCCCUGCGAUAUUUGAGGAGAGGCUCAGAGGUGUUGGAGCCUGGCUAGAGAUCAACGGGGAGGCCAUCUAUGCCUCCAGACCCUGGAGGAUCCAGAAUGAGAACACCACUAUACCAAUCUGGUAUACAUCUAAAGGAGCAAACGUCUAUGCCAUCAUCACAGCCAAGCCCCCUAAGCCCACAGUGCAACUGUUGGUACCUAAGACGUCAGCAACCACUAAGGUGACUUUGUUGGGGAAUCCAAAGCCCUUACCCUGGUCUCCAGUCUACCCCAAAGCUGGCCUUGUUGUCCUUUUGCCUGAUCUGCCGUACUCCCCUGGUCAAGCCUGGACACUGAAACUGGAAGAUGUCCAUUGAGCUUUAUAUCCCCAAAGUGUUCAACCUCUAAGCUGGAAUGUUUGAGGUUCAUCUCAGGGUUUCAUUGUGUUUUUAGGAUAAGGGAAAACUUAUGCACUAUGGGGUGGAGGACACAGCACUUGUGUAACUAUUUUUGCCUAAAUGAAAGAAUGAAAAAAACCUUCCAUGAUUACUUUGUAGCUGAAUGAUUAUGAAUGGAAAAAAGAAUCUGCUGUUAUUCUUGUAAAUCUUUCCUGACAUUUCUUAAGUGGUUUGUGUGAAAACUAGUAGCUUAUAUACAAAACACUUUUUCAUUUUUUUACUUGUAUAUUUUAAAUUGUUGAAUAAAAGAUUAUUUUAAACAUUCA